GAGUGAAAAAGUAAGCGAACUUGAGGACAUGUUUUCCAACCUAUUCUCACACGUUAAGACGAUCUCGCAGACGGCGGGUAUUCCUCUAAUCGAAACUACCAACACGAACUCCACGAAACACCCAGCCGACAACAAUCCGACUCAGGGUGAGUCAUACCAGCUGGACGACAUCCAGUACGACUCAAUUGUGAGUCUCAAGUUCGGACGAGAGACUGACCAGAUUGUUGUUCACGUGAGCGAGGCUUUGGAGCCGAUUGAGAACCACGAGAGGCUGAGGACUGUCGCUAAGUGCACUCUGAUUGGUCCGUUUGCUGUCCAACUGGAUUACCCUGUCAAGUCAUUCGUGACGCAGUCGUUUGAACUUGGUGAAGACAUUUCUUCUCAAGAGAUUUCUUCCAGGAAAACUUCCAGUCUGUCGAGUAGCCAAUCAAAAUCGGAGUCUCAACUGAAAGAGACCGAAAGCGAAGAGGAACACGUGCAGCUGACCGAUGUGCCAGAGAGCAGAAAAAAAGAAGAGAGAAACAUUUCGAUUAUUGCCGACUACUGUUCCGAUUUGGUGGAAAAAUGCUUCCAGGAAGCCAAUAUUUUUGUAAACUGACCUAAACUUGACUAACUUCGAAAAUUAUGAGUAUUAUAAAUGAUAGA